AUGGGUGCAGGGGGUGCAUGUGGAUAUGGAGGUGGAGUAGAGGAAGAACCAUUUUCAUCAAAAGUGUCAGCGGGAGGUCCAUCUUUGUACAAAUCAGGGAAAGGAUGUGGGGCGUGUUACCAGGUGAAAUGCACAAGCAACAAGGCAUGCUCUGGAGCACCUGUGACAGUGGCUAUAACAGAUGAGUGCCCUGGUUGCACUUCCGAGUCUGUUCACUUUGACUUAAGUGGCACUGCUUUUGGAGCCAUGGCCAUUUCUGGUCAGGCUGAUCAGCUACGUAAUGCUGGAGUCUUGCAGAUUCAAUACAAACG